GCGAGCGGCGGGCGGGCCGGGGGGGCCGGGCGGGCGCAGCGCCGCCCCCGCCGCUCUGCGGGCCGGGCCGGGCCGGGCCGGUUCUGCCGCCGCCUCCCGGCGCCGGGCGGGCAGCGAAGGAGUCUUCUGCUCCAGAGGAACACUUGGCAGGUCCAGCCCAGCUGCGAGCUUUCUUCCUGCACACGGAGCACGAGCGGCGUGAGCCCAAGACGGUCCCGCAAGCCGACAUGAAGGUGGAAAUCCUGCCAGCCCUCACAGACAACUACAUGUACCUCCUCAUCGAUGAGGAAAGCAAGGAGGCUGCCAUCGUUGACCCUGUGAACCCCCAGAAGGUUCUGGAUGCAGUGAAGAAGCACGGCGUGAAGCUGACCACUGUCCUGACCACCCACCACCACUGGGACCACGCUGGAGGAAAUGAGAAGCUUGUGAAGAUGGAGACGGGGCUGCACGUGUACGGGGGAGACAACAGAGUGGGAGCUCUGACACAGAAGGUGUCCCACCUGACAGCACUCAAGGUGGGAUCUCUUAAUGUGAAAUGCCUCAGUACGCCGUGUCACACUUCUGGACACAUCUGUUAUUAUGUGACUAAGCCAAAUAGCUCCGAGCCACCUGCAGUUUUUACAGGUGACACCCUGUUCGUGGCUGGCUGUGGGAAGUUCUUCGAGGGAACCGAGGAGAUGUACAAGGCACUGAUCGAGAUUCUGGGCAGCUUGGACCCCAGAACGAGGGUUUACUGUGGGCACGAAUACACCAUCAACAACCUCAAGUUUGCUCGGCACGUUGAACCCAACAACGCCAAUAUCCACGAGAAGCUGGCAUGGGCCAAGGCACAGUACGACAGUGGAGAGCCCACCAUCCCCUCCACCAUCGCAGAGGAGUUCACCUACAACCCCUUCAUGAGAGUGAGGGAGAAGACAGUCCAGCAGCACGCGGGGGAGACCGACCCCAUCCGCGCCAUGGGGGCCAUCAGGAAGGAGAAGGACAACUUCCGAGUGCCGCGGGACUGAGCAUCGCUCGCGCCGCCCGCCGGUCCUGCCGGCGCUUCCACCCUUCGCCUGUUCUAGGAGUCAAACCUUCUGUUGUGGUUGAGACAGUCCUGUCUAGGUUUUUAUUUUGUUUUAAUGGAGGAAGAGAAAAGCACUUUGCCCCCUUGUUGAGAUGUUCUACGGCAUAUUUAUAUUACAGGGAAGAAUAUUUAUCGCUCUCUUUGCUGUCUCUCGAGCUGUCUCGUGUCACGUGCAGAUCGUUGGUACCGGUGUUGGUGUGAGGCUCUGAGGUUGGGCUGGCAAGGAUCAAACCUGGGGUUUAGGAAGAAGCUCCUGUGAGUUUUGGAGGAGCCUGAUGUGGAUGCAGACAGUGGGACUGGGGCUGAGGUGCCUUUGUGUCAAGCAGAGACCAAACACAGUAGUUGUAGAGUUUCUUCCACGCUGCUGCUGCUGCAACGUUCUGAGUGUCGCUUCUGGACCCACUAAAACCAGUUCCCAGUGACAGACCUGCUGUGCCAGAGCCAGUUCAGGGUGUAAUUUGGGAGCCACGUGGGGCAGCCUGGCUCUCGGAAUGGCUUCCAGCUUCUCCCUUCUCCCUGACCUUCCCUGGCAUGGAUGGCAGUGACUUUCCCAGGCACUGCACUGCUUUACAGCCUUUCAGUCUUGAGCCUGUUUGCAUGGACCUGCUCCCUGCUCUUACUUGUGACCUGUGAGUUCCCUGUGUUAGUGCCACACAAACGGUGCGGGGGUUUGGCUGAUGGCUCCAAAUCCCAGGAAGCAUCCACUCCUGGUGAGGGGGGGUGUCCCAGCUGGGCAGUGGGGGGCCCCUGAGCAGAUUUUGGUGCCUCUCUGUGAGGAACAGGGUGGGUGAGCAGUUGUCACCUGUGCCCAGCCAGGAGCAGCUGCCCUGGGGAGCAGCUCUGGGGGCAGUAGCUGUGCUGGGCCAUGUCCUGCUGGGGUCCAUCCCCCACCCUCAGCCCUGCCUGGCCCAGCCUCUGGAAAGGCCCUGGAGGUGAGGCUGUAACUGGGGAAGGUGCCAACGUGGUGCUGGUUGAACAGGGCUCAGAAGCCACAUCAGGGUGGCAGAUUUCUGUUUCUUGGUGUCCGUGGGGUUAAAAGCCAUCCCUGCCCACAGCAGGGUGUUGGAACUGGGUCAUCUUUAUGAUCCUUUCCACCCUAAACCAUUCCAGGGUCGUAUGACUAGAGCUGUGGGACCCCAGCUUGGAAACUGCAGGGAGGGAGCUCCCCUUGGGCUGCUUUUCCAGCAGGGAAUAGCGUGUCCAAGUGGAUGAAUGGGGUGAAUUUUGGAGGGAAAAAAAUGCAGAUUUGUGGUGAUUGGGUCACCCCCUUCUGUGCUCCCGUCCUCCAGCUCGGGGUCUUUAAACAAGAGGUGUGAGUGACAGGGUGGGACCAGCCCCACAUGGCAUUUGCAUCUUUCAUCCUUCUUCUUCCUCCUCAUUUUCUUUUCUUCGUGGUUCCUUGGUCUCCUCUGUACCACAGACCUGCUCCAGGACCAGAGAUUGUUUCAAACAAAUAUUUUGCAGAUGAAACUUUGAAAAGAUUCAGAUGAUUUUGGUGUCUGUUUCUCCCCCUCUCCCUGGCACACGGUAGGUGAUGCCACGCUGGAGCCUGGAACCACCUGUGUCCCUGUGCCUGCUGUUCCAACACCUCCUGCAUGGCAUUGUACAAGCACCAGGUUUUUAUUUGCUUUAAAAUGCUAAAUUUUAUGUAAAUUAAGAAUGAAAAGUGGUACUUAAAGCUUUGCUGCCUCCUGAACUGGAAUGUUUUGCUGCUACACUGGAGUGGCUGUUAGAGGAGAAAUAAAUAACAGCUGGAAAUGGA